GGAGUGCAUGGAGGACGUCAGGCGGUGACAGAGCGAAGAGGACUCGGACAGGGUGUGCCGCCAUGGAGAUGAUAAUGAUAUCAGGAUGUAUUCUGGUUCUCCCAGUCUUCGCGUUCAUCUACUCCUUCAUGUUCUGGCCUGGAUCCCUCCUUAAAGCUUACAACUGGUACAUGCGUCGCAGGCUGGGGCUGGUGAUCCGGUACUGUAAGAGUGGAAGUUACCGCUUCUGUUACAGCAGCCGCGGGACGCCGGGGGGGGCCACGCCAUCGCUGCUGCUUCUGCACGGCUUCUCCGCCUCCAAGGACAUGUGGUUGCCCAUCGUCAAG